GCAAAUAAACAGCAACAUAUGAUAUAAAGGGCUAGUUUAUCCAACAUUGACAUAUUUGUUCAAUUUUUCUUGUGACGUUUUAUUUUGUUGUUGUCGCUGUUGUUUAUGUCUUGAACUAAUACUUGAGAAUCAAGAAUAAACAAUGUUGGAAGAAGAAAAAUUUCUCGUCAAAUCACCAAAUGAAUCUACCCGAUUACCUAUGAUUAGUGUUGGUCAAUUUAUAACGGAACAAUUAUUGAAGCAACAGCAACAACAAACGAUAGCCGUAAUCGAUGCUACAGACAUUCAUGGAAAUGGCAUUCAAAUCACAUGUGGAGAACUAGAUAGAAAAAUUCGACAACAAGCUGCGCGAUUCUUGGCCAUUGGUCUCGAGAAAAAUGAUCUUGUCGUUAUGUUUGCCGACAAUUCUCUCGAUUAUCUUAUUUCAAUGUUUGCAUUAAUGUAUUUGGGCAUAACAUUUUCACCACUUACACCAGCUAGUGGUUGUUUUGAAUUUAUUGGCCAAAUUGAAGAUUCACAAGCAACAACAUUAUGGAUUGAUGGAAAACGUUUACCGAUUGUCGAGAAAGCUAUUCGUGAACGCACGUCGAUUAGAGAAUUGUUGAGAUUCUUAUUCAUUUGUGAUGAUGUAGAUGAAUCGAUUCUAUCCGAAAUGAAACAAUAUCCAAUACAAAUUAUUGCAAAUAUGAGAGAACUAGACAAUGAAAUUUUAGAACGAGUUCCAUAUUUCGAUACAUCGCCCAAUGACUAUCUAAUGAUAAUCUAUACAUCUGGCAGUACUGGUUUACCAAAAGGUGCUAUUCACACACAGACAAGUGUUUUGGCAUCGACAUUCAUAUUUCGACCACAACAAAUGGGAAUUCGUUAUCUAAUGUGGUAUCCAUUUGGACAUGUAUCUGGUAUUUUCGCUACAUUGAAAACCCUGUGUUGGGGACAAACAUUAAUAUUGGAACAAUGUUGUCAAUUACCGCGAAUGUUACUAGAUGUUGAACGAUAUCAAGCAACACAGAUGCCAAUUGCCCCGAGCCAAGCAAUAGAUUUGCUAAAUCAUGAUCAUCAUCGGCAAUUCAAUCUUCAAUCAUUGAAAGUUAUUUCGUUUGCAGGAGCAAAAAUUCCAGCAGAUACACUUGAACAAAUUAAAAGUAAAUAUCAAGUGAAAAUAUCCGAAUUAUAUGGUUCAACCGAAAUGAUGGGAAGUGUUGUGCAACCUGCGCAUCAGGUGAUUCCACCUGGAUCGGUAGGUGUUCCACAAUCGAAUAAUGAAAUGAAAAUCAUAGAUAUCGAAACGAAGGAAAAUUUGCCAGCAUUUCAACAAGGUGAGAUUUGUUUUCGUGGACCAGCUAGAUUUCUUGGUUAUCUACGAAAUCUUAGGGCAACUGAUGAAGUGAUCGAUUCAAAUGGAUGGUAUCAUACUGGUGAUAUUGGUUACUAUGAUGAUAAUGGCCAUUUGUACGUCGUGGAUCGAAUCAAAGCAUUGAUUAAAUUUCGUUAUUGGUCAAUAUCACCGGCUGAAAUUGAAUUGUUUCUUCAACAACAUCCAGCUAUCGAUAACGUAUGCGUUGUCGGUGUGAAACAUCUGACAGAAGGACACAUUAUACGAGCCUAUGUACAAAUGAAAAAAGGAAAUCAAAUUUCCGAACAAGAAUUGUUACAAUACACCAGAGAGAAUUUGGGCUUUCAAAAACAACUUCGUGGUGGUGUACGAUUUGUCGAUCAAAUUCGUCGUACUGCUAUUGGAAAAGUUGAUAGGCAAUAUUAUAAUCGUUUGAAUGAAGGACAAAUAUUAGCUGAUCCAGUUAUCGAUUGAAUGACGAAAACAUGCGAUUCUAUUGAUAUUGACCUGGAUAAGACAACGAACAUCAUUAUUAUAUUGAUUGAUUGGCACUGAACUAAUUCGGUCAUCUAUAUAUUACAAAAAUAACUAAUCAGCAAAAACUCAGUAUUUAUAAUAAACAAACAUUGAUUGAUUGAUUGAUUGAAUAAAUUACAAUAUUUUGAU